UUCAUAUUGUUUACAAGCGGCGGGGAACAGGCCAUUGCUAUUGGUUUAUUUGUAUGCCACUUAUAGACUGGAUACAGCAAGUCAACCAUUCAAAUUUAGAAAGAGGAGGGUUUAUUCAGCUAGCCUACUACCGGUAACUUGAAGUGGCUACUGUAGCAUGCAUGGAACUUAAUUUAAAGUUCACAAGUAUCUUGUAUGUUAAAUGUCACAACGCUCGAUUUGAGAAAUCGGUCCCACCGUUUGAGAAAACAAAAACUUUUGUUUAAUUCAGUGCGUCUUUGGAGUACGAGCAAUGGAAGAAUUGAGCGAGUCUUCACCCGCUUUGGCGUUCGAGAAGGAAGCAUUUGAGCUGACGGUGGAAGAUGUUUAUGACAUUUCAUACGUGAUUGGCAGAGAUUUGCUGAAAAUAAGUACUACAGGUGAGGAAGUCUCCGAUUUGCAAUUCAAAAUUGUCCGGGUUUUGGAGAUGUUUGAAACGUUAGUGAAUAAGUAUAACCUGUCAUUGGAGGAGCUGAAAAUGGAACGAGACAACUUGAAGAGUGAACUGGAUAGAAUCUUGAGAGAAAGUUCUGCCGGGCAGGAAGCGCAAACACUAGGACCAAACAAACUGGUGGUGGACCUGAAAGAUCCCAAUAGACCACGCUUCACAAUGCAGGAGCUGAAGGAGGUGCUUCAGGAGAGGAACCAGCUCAAGGCCCAGCUACUGGUGGCGCAAGAAGAGUUGCAACUCUACAAGAGUGGGAUGCUGCCACAGGGUGAGCAAGCCAUGGUAGAGGUUGACUUAGUAUCUUCACCCCCUUCAAAACCUGUUCCUGACACAACAGAUGAGUCUAAAGAAGAGGAACCUAACGAAGGAAUGACCACCAUCAGAAAGCUGUUUUCAUUCAGACGGAAAUAAGGACAACCUAUGAGAACAAGGACCUAAGACAUUACUAAUGAUAAACCAAACAUUUUUAUGCACAUGCUUUCUAUCAAUGCUUUGUAUUAGAUCAGUUUUUUUCAGUAAUGAAUGGAAAUGUUUUUAACUGGAAUAAUUUUGCUUUUGAAACUAA